AUGGGGGAAAAGGAACAGAAGAUCCAAGGUCUUUUAGCAGUUUUGGACAUGCUAAAAUCGAACUAUGUUGCGGAGGAUGGAAAGGAAUACGACUGUAGUUUCCUUGCAUUCGACGAAGCAGCUGAAAUCUUUUUCGCAUUUCAAAACAAGGCACCCCCAUUUAUCAACACGGACAAAAAUAGCUUCACAUACUCACUGUUGCAUGCAGAAUUUGGUCUCUGUGUCUACAUUAUUUAUGUAAAGAGCCUAAAUAAUACAUUUGUUGUACUAAGACCCGACAGUUUUGGAAUUGAAGUUUUUCUGGAUAUGAUUUGCGCCGAAGUCAAAAACAACACUGAGAAAACGGAUAUUGAUGCUGACCUCGAUGUUGACAAAGUGCAAGGAAUACCGAGCACAGUCGACACUGAAUGGGAUAGAAAGGGUGUGAGAGUUAUCCUGGCUGCUAAUCGUUCAAGAAGCCAAAUGAAUAAGCUUGGAAUCGAUGCAGAUAGUAUCAAAACAGACACUAGCAAGGUAAUAUUUAUUAAUAAUAUAAUACUGUUUCGUAUAAUUACAUAGGUGAUGAUUGAAAAUUCUCCACGCUGAUUGGUUGCUGAUGAGGUGAUUAUAACGCGAUAGUAUAGUGGUGUGCAUUGCCAGAUUGACUCGGGUUUUGAUUCCAAUUUCCUCUUGUAGUAACAUUGAAACACUGUAGGGGUGACCACUGAUGAAACUCUGGAGAAAACAGCUUAGACUAAUAUAGGGUUAUAGAGAGAUAGAAAAUUAGUUUAAUUUGCGAUUUACAAAGACUGAAUUUAAUAUCUAUUUAUUUUCUUAACAACAACAUGCAGAUCUUAGAUGUUGUAGAAUCAUGGAAAGAGGCAAAAAUAACAGCAGAAAACCUGGUUACGGUGGCUUUGAAUGAAAAAAAAAAGAAAGCUGACAGAAGCAAUUGAAAGUGAAUCAAUCAGGGUAGAAGCAAAGAGGGGGAAAUGGGAUAACACAGUAAUUACCGAAAUGGAGGACAAUAUAAAGGAACACAAGGAGAAAUUGCAAAACGUUAAUUGUAUGCUCUCUGAAACGCCAAAUGAUAAGAAGAAUAGACAGAAACUUAAACAGAUGCAAAGAAGAAAAGCUGUCAAAGUGUUUGAAGAAGCAAGAGUUAAAAUCAAGGGAGGCCAUCAUUACUAGACAGUGACGAUGAAGAGUUUGUUGCAAAGAGUAUUGAGGACAAGUCAACAAAUCAUGGGCGAAGGCAUGAUUUGGUUAUGUAUACGAACAGAAGGGUAAAGAAGAGGGAUCUUCUUAACAUUGCAAAUUACAGAUUGGCCCGCAAGAAUAAGAAAAUGAUCAAGAGUGCAACAACAGUAUAUAAUCGCAGCAAACCUAGAUCUUUAAGGUCAAUUCAAGCAAAGAAGCACACAGGAAAGGGGCUGUUCUGCACAAAAAACCCUCCAAAGGCCGAAGAUAUUGACAAUGAAAAUGCUCACUACCAAAGAGCUGAUGAAGGAGAAGAGAAAUUGGUAACAGAGGAAGAUAGUCACUUUGUUUUUGUACGUCCAAAGGCUAUAGUUGGAUCAAGCGGAUCAACAUGGGCUAGUGAAACUAUUAGACUUCGGCAGCGCCAUCCAGAUCUCUUUGAAGUAAAAUCUACUGCUAGUGGUGAGAGUUACAGUGUUCAGUUCAGACAGACCUGUGCUGUUGUUCACAAUGACUGUUUCCUUUACCAAGGAGGAGUAGGCUGACUUUGAAAAAGCGAAUGGACUCGACCACUGUAUUUAUACUUGCUAUGAGAACGAGAGGUUACAUAAUUUAAAGAGAGAACUUGAAUCAUCCUUAACUGUGAGUGAGACAAUAGAAUGUGAAGCGGAAAAGCAAGUUUUCCAAAAAAUGAUACAAACAAAAAUUAUUGGUGCAAAAGAAAAAAUUGAAAAGUGCUUUCAAGACGUUCCAACAUGCGAAGAAUUUCACCAAUCCAUUCAAGAUGUUACAAUAUGCUGUGAAGAUAUUCUGAUGAUCAUCAAAGAUCUUCAAUUGCCAACUGUUAAACCUAGAUGGUGUGACUUGACAGAUGCAGGCCCUGGAGUUGGGGUGUCAAACUUCGAAGUAAAGUUUCGUGAUGCUGAAAUCUGCCGAAUGUUCAGCUCAGAUUACAGGAUUAGACUUCAUAGAUCAAGAGGGGACAGUGGGCAGGGUGAGGCAGAAAGGACCAAUUCUGCUAUUGGUGAUUCUGUAGUGGAUGGUUCCACGAUAGAGUGGGAACAAUUCAAGAAGUUCUAA